AUGAAAUGCAAAGUCUCACUCUUCCUUUCUCUCCUGCUCUUGAGCACGGCCUUCACGGGCGCGGCUGGCCAAAACACCACCGCGACAGCCCCGACCUUGGCUGAAGUUCUCACCAUCAGUGCCGCCCCAACCAACGAGGCUGUCCGCGCCUUGUUCCCCCCUUCCAUCCUCUUUGCCCAGACCCCGAUCGCCGUCCGCUAUUCCCUCUUCACCUUUGUCGGUGAGUAUGAAGCCGCGGCGGCCUGUGACCCGGUCGCCCUAUCCUUCCUCGGCACCAAGGACCCCAUCCCACCACGCCUUUGCACGCCGGACAACGCCGCCAUCAUCCAGUCCUACAUCUCGCUGCACCUAGUUUCGUCAGAGUUCCCGGUCGAGGGGCGCAGAUACGCCGCCUUCCUCGCCCGCGUCGGUCUGCAGCCAUUCAGCAUGUCAACGGACGAAACUACCGCCGAGGGCUGGGCCCGGCGCUCUGCGCAGCGGCUGGAGGCGCACUUCAAGAGCGACGGGUGGAAUUCGCUCGGCGACGCCACCCGCGCCGACUUCCGCAACCCCUUCGAGGACUCGAUCAACUACCGCCCGCGCAACCCCGCGCACCUGUCGCCGGACGCACUGCGCUUCCCGCUCCGCUGGCAGCCGCUGCCCUUCUCCGUGGACGGGCGGGGCAACUACGCCCACCAGCGGCACGUGACGCCGCACCUGUCGCGGCGCGUGGCGCCUCUCGGGCUAUCGCGGCGUGCCUUCCGCGCGGCGCGCGUGGAGGGCCCGUACGCGACGCCCGACCGGCGCGGCUCGCUGUCGCGCGGCGACGAGCGGGUGGCGCGGGCUCUGCUGCGCGACAUGCUGGCGGCCACGCGCGGGCUGAGCGAGGAGCAGCGGGCCGUAAUCGCGUUCUGGGACAACAAGUUCUUCUCGCUGGCGUCGUUCGCGUUCUUCUACGCGCGGGNNCUGGCGUGGAAGGAGAAGGUGCGGCACGACCUGGUGCGGCCGGCGACGCUGGUGCGGCGGCUGCUGCGCGGCGGGCGCGUGCGCGCGUGGCGCGGGGCGGGGCGCGGGGAGGGCGGCGUGCGCGCCGAGGAGUGGCAGGCGGCGAUUCCGGUGCAGCCGCACUCCGAGUUCCCGUCGGCCAGCGCGGUGCUGUGCACGGCGGUGCUCGAGCACCUGCAGGAGGUGCUGGGCGAGGUGGUCGGCGGCAACACGACGAUGGUGCCGUACGAGGUGACGGUGACGCCAGGGGUCAACCCGCUCAACCCUGCGCGCGUGGUGGUGGGGAUCCGGUUCGACUCGCUGGGCGAGGCCGCGCGCAGCUGCGGGGUGUCGAGGCUGUGGGCGGGGCUGCACUUCAGACCGGCCGUGGAGGCCGGGUUCACGCUCGGCAAGGGCACCGGGCGCGCGGCGUACCUGCACCUCAAGGACCUGGCCGAGGGGAGGGUGCCCAAGAACUGCGCGCGGUGCGUGGGACGUGGAGGGGCGACAAGUAGCGACGAGUAG